ACGCAGAGCUGCCUGUCGGACAAAGAAAACCGAAAACUCGCCGGUUUACGAAAUUGUAUCUGCUGCGGAAGAAUCAAACAUAGAUCUAUCUUUUUGUCUCGCAGGCUUUUAAUGGGAGGUCGUAGACACAAGCGAUGUGGCCCGUUGUUGACCGAGUAAUGUGUCAGCUGUCAAAUCUUCACGUGUGUUUUGGUGUUGGUGGGCGGGACUAGGCCUACUUUUCAAUGUUCAGACAGUCGUCCUCUGGAGAGGACCCGUUCGAAGGAGUGAGAGUGACUCCUCAGUCGCAGUUUGCGAGUUUAUGGAUUUUGUUAACGAUAUCCACAGUCUUCACGUUCUUCUUACACUCCAGUAACUGAAGAGCUUCAGCUUCAUCAUAUUUUUUCUUCUAUUAACUGAUACAGACAUGGAGUCCAGCACAGUCCAGGCGGCUGACUCUGAGUUCACCGUGGAGGCUGUGGAAAGGGCUCUCCAUCAGCUGUUCUAUGAUCCAGACAUGGCCCAGAAGAACGUGGCCCAGAAGUGGCUAACUCAGGCCCAGAUGUCUCCACAGGCCUGGCACUUCUGUUGGUCCCUGCUCCGCCAGGAAAAGGUUCCAGAAGUCCAGUUUUUCGGAGCGAGCACGCUGCACGCCAAAAUCUCCAGGAACUGGACUGAGCUCCCCGCGGAGCAGCACAUGUCCCUGAGGACUCAGCUGAUUGGCCAGGUGUGCCAGUUCGCCGGAGGGCCCAAGAUGGUGCUGACGCGGCUGUGCGUCGCCCUGGCCUCCCUGGUCCUACACACCGUGCCGGACACGUGGCCCACGGCCGUGCACGACCUGCUGCAGACCUUCCAGACGGGGCAGGGCAUUGUGGGGGCCGACGGCCGGGGACGCUGCUUGGCCAUGCUGGAGCUCCUGGCUGUGCUCCCGGAGGAGUUCCAGAACUGCAGGGUGCCGGCGCCUCGCCGCACCCAGCUACGCAGCACUCUGGCUGGGGAGUGGAGCUCCGUCUGCCCCCUGUUGCAGCAGCUGUUGCGGCAGGCGGACUCCCCCACCCAGGUGAGGAUGCGGGUGCUGCAGUGUCUCGCCUCCUGGAUGGCUCUGGACGUGUCGCUGGGGGAGAGCGAGGGCCUGCUGCAGGACAGCUUCACCAUGCUGUCACACCCGGAGCUCUUUGACACCGCAGUGGAGACCAUCGUCACCACCAUCUCCCAACCGGACAGCCACAGGUUUGCAGACACCUUGGUUAAGUUGGUGCCCCUAGUUCUGGGCCUACAGGACCAGCUGAGGAAAGCUGUGGAGACGGGAGACAUGGAGACCUCCCACGGCAUCUGUAGGAUAGCUGUGGCUCUCGGUGAUACCCACUGCAGGACCCUUCUGGAGCAUGUGGACCAGUGGCAGGGUUUCCAGGCCUUGGUCAACAUGAUCCUGUUCUGCACAGGACUCCCCGGGCAGUACCCAGUGGACGAGACCACAAGCUCCCUCACACUCACCUUCUGGUACACGCUGCAGGACGACAUUCUGUCCUUCGAAGGCGAUCGGCAAGCACUUUAUCUCCAGGUGUACAGACCCUUGUAUUUCCAGCUGGUCAAUGUCCUCCUGCACAAGUCCCACUUCCCCAGUGAUGAGGGAUACGCAUCCUGGUCGUCUGAUGACAAGGAGCAGUUCAGAAUUUACAGGAUAGACAUUUCUGACACGCUGAUGUAUGUGUAUGAUCUGCUGGGGCCAGAGAUGUUGAGGGGCCUGUAUGACAGGCUGGGCCGCCACCUCACAGACCCCUCACGGGCUGCAGCCUGGCAGGAUAUAGAGGCACUUCUGUUUGGCUUCCAGUCCAUUGCUGAAACUGUAGAUGUCAGUGACUCUGACGUCAUCCCCGGUCUGAUUGGUCUCAUCCCGCUCAUCAACGUGACCAACGUGGAGCUAGCAGAGACAGUCAUGUAUACCAUUGGCUCUCUUGGGGAGUGGCUGGCUGAUCAUCCUGUCAUGCUUGGGGGGAUUCUGCCUGUGGUGCUUCAGGCCCUGUCCAACCCUGACCUGUCAGUGUCCAGCUCGUCCGCCCUGAAAAGGAUCUGCCGCGAAUGCCGGUACAGUCUCCAACCCCACGCUGACAACAUCCUGGCUGCCACACAGGAUGUUCUUGUCAAACAGAUUCACAAGAGUACCCAGUGUAUGUGGCUGAUGCAGGCCCUGGGGUUCCUCAUCUCAGCCCUGCCAGGGGAGCAGAUCCUGGGGAAGCUGCUGCCCCUGCUCAGCCCCCACCUCCAGCAGCUGGAGAACCUCACCAAGGAGAUGCCCAGCCCAUCUAACAAGUCGACCAUAGUUCACAUCCUGGGCCUCCUCUCCAGUCUGCUCACCACGCUGGACACCAAUGCUGAGCCUCUCGGUUUAGAUGACAUGGCCAUCGCCCGGCCAGCAGCUCCCACACAUCUCGACCCUCACCCAGUUGUUGUGGUACUUCAGCAGUUCUUCCCGCUUAUUCAAGCUGUGCUUAGCAAGUGGCUUAAUGACUCUGAAGUAGUGGAGGCUGCGUGUGCCAUCUUUGACAAGUCCCUGAGGACCCUGCUGAGCAGCUUUGCCCCCCUGGUGCCCCAGCUGAGCGAGCUGGUGGGCCAGAUGUACGGUGCCAUUCCCCAGGCUGCAGCUCUCGAACUCACACGGCAGCUUGUUCACAUCUUCUCUGGUGAGAAAGAACACUUCGGCCCUGUCAAGAGCCUCCUUGAGCUUCUGAGCUCCAUCACACUGUCCAUUUUUCAGCAAGAGCCAAGAGAUCACCCUGACAUUGUGGAUUCUUUCAUGCGACUGCAUGCACAGGUUCUGAAAAGAAAGGCAGAGCUGUACCUUUCUGAAACUCUGGACAUCAAAGCUCUGUUCUACUGUGGAAUCCUGUCUCUCAAAUUCCCAGAGAAACCUACCAUGAAAUCUACAUGCCUGUUUUUUACAGAACUGGUUUCCCACUGCGAAGACAUCCCGGCAGUCGGCGAGGUUCUACAAGAGGAUGGCAAAUUGCUCCUUCAAGGACUGCUAGAGGGCAUUGGGGGCCUGGCUCCUCGCAGUCUGAUGGAGUACUUUGCUGAGGUGCUGCUGGGCCUCAAUCGCCACUGCCACAGCCUGCUGUCAGGCUGGAUGCAGGAAGUGAUGCUGAUCCCCAACUUCCCCUCAGCACAGGUGUCCUUGGAGCAGAAACAGACGUUCAGUCAACAAGUCCUCAGGGAGCAAACAAACAAGAGACGUGUGAGGGAGAUUGUGCGAGACUUUUCUCUGCAGUGUCGAGGUUUACAAGGCACAGAAUAUGCUGGGGACUACUGAUUCGCAUUUCAAGGUGAAGGGCUGACUGACAAGUGCCGAGUUAUUGUUGGUCGGCAGGUGACCUUGUCGGUCAGCCGUUUGGUUUUGCUGCCUUCCUCAAGUGAUGUUUUUCAUAUGCAUGUUAACACAGGGUCAACAUAACUCUUUUGGUGUCAAGCUGUUUUUAAUUGCUUGAUAUCCCUUGUAUAAUGAUUUUCACAAUACCCUUUUCUUUGCCAAUAUAUGGAUUCCUUUGUUAAUAUUUGAAAUAAAUAUAUUGUUUGCACUGCUGUGUUAUUUCCACUUAAUUUCUCCAAGUUUUAAGGCAGUGUAGCCUACAUAAAACAUCUGUUACUUGAUAAUAUAUUAUAUCAAAAUCGAUAAUGUAUUACAUCAAAAUCAACACAAUUUUUCAAUAGUUAAGAUUUUGCAUAUCUUACCAAAGAGCAAUGACCACAAAAUUUAGCACAUCUUACCAAAGAGCAAAGUCAUCCCUGUCUCUAAUAUUAAACAUAGCGUUACAGUUGUUUUUGAUGGUAAUAAAGUUAUUUUCAAAAAGCUGAAUGGGGUGGGGCCGACAGUUCCUCCAAAAUUGUGUCCAUGGUCUGAAACAAAUAUUUCCAUACCAACUUUAAACAUCUUAAACUUUGCCAAUUUCCUCCAUGACUACAUU